AGGGGCUAAUCUUGACCCGUGUUCACUCACACCGCACUCCAAAUUCCAAACCCAAUCAAAUGACGAACAACCAUAAGCAUCUCAUCUUAUAUCUCUUUCACACCCACAUGUACGAAAAUAGAAUGCCAAUCUCUUCCCUAAUUUCAUCUUUUCUGCAAAACCGCUGCUUUCUCUUUUCUCCCUCCUCCUCCUCCUCCCGAACUCGCCGGCCAUACCGGACGAUCAUCGCCGGCGGCACCUCAUGCUCUCUCUCUCCAUGGCCGGAACCUCCUGCUCCUUUCAAGUUCCCUCAAUUCCCCUUUUACGUCACGGAACUCGCACCAAUUCCACUUUAACCAUCAAUUCUCUCGCUCUCGCUCGCACUUGUGGCUCCUUUUCUGCUUCUGCUUCAGUUUCGAAGGGUGGCUCCGUUUUGAGCUUCGCGUGCUCGACGUCGCACUUCAAGUGGAGGAUUGGGUUCCUCCGGAGGAACGCUAACGCUUCGUUUCUUCCUUCUGGGGUUGAUGGAAGUGCCGUCGCUGAAGUUGGAGAAAAGAAUUGGUCUCAGCUUUUGUCCGCAUUACUUCCUUUCGUUGUUGCAGCCACUGCAGUUGCCGCUCUUGUUCAACCUUCCACUUUCACUUGGGUAUCUAAAGGGUUAUAUGCACCUGCACUUGGUGGGAUUAUGUUGUCCAUUGGGAUAAAACUAUCCUUAGAUGAUUUUGCUCUUGCAUUUAAAAGACCUCUACCACUUUCACUAGGGUUUAUUGCGCAAUAUGUGCUGAAACCUGCCCUUGGUGUUUUGAUUGCAAAGGUUUUUGGUGUAUCUAGAAUGUUCUAUGCUGGAUUUAUCCUCAUGUCUUGUGUUUCAGGGGCUCAGCUAUCCAGCUAUGCCAGUUAUUUAAGCAAAGGGGAUGUGGCCCUAAGCAUUCUUCUCACAAGCUCUACCACUAUUGCAUCAGUUAUUUUUACCCCCCUAUUAACUGAGCUUCUGAUCGGAUCAGUAGUCCCGGUUGAUGCAAUUUCCAUGUCAAAGUCCAUACUACAGGUUGUUCUUGGACCAGUUACACUUGGUCUUCUUCUCAAUGCAUAUGCAAAGCCAGUUGUAUCCGUUCUUCAGCCUGUGAUGCCCUUUGUUGCUAUGAUAUGUACUUCCAUGUGCAUUGGAAGCCCUCUUGCUCUAAACCGAAGUCAAAUUUUGUCUGUUGAAGGACUCCGAUUGGUUUUCCCAAUAAUAAUAUUUCAUUCUGUUGCCUUCACUUUAGGAUAUUGGUUCUCAAACAAUCCGUCGUGGAGGCAGGAAGAACAAGUAAGCAAGACGAUUUCAUUAUGCACUGGGAUGCAGAGCUCCACACUUGCAGGGCUUCUAGCCACCCAGUUUCUGGGAAGUAGUCAGACGGUUCCGGCUGCAUGUUCUGUAGUCGUAAUGGCUAUAAUGGGUCUCUGCCUUGCCUCCUUCUGGGGAAGCGGCUUUCGAAUUAGAGACCUGUUCUCACUAUUUUCCCUGAGAACCAAUUACACUGUCAAGGCUUAACUUUUGUUUAUAACUUCGUGAUAGCAUCUGGUGGCGCCUGGAAGCCGGAUAAAGUUAAUUUUAUGGCUAGGAAGGGGUAGAUAUAUGAAUUCCAAGUGUAUAGAAUGAGGUUUGGAUAGGAAUACUGAUAUACACCAGAUCAGUUAAAGAUUUACUUAGUUACGAAAUGUAGAUUUAUAGAUGAGUACCAACUAUUAUUAUAUAGCUGCUAAAUUAGUUUCUGUACAUAGCCUCAAAGUAUGUCAAUAUAUGAUUUACCAACAUCAGAAAUUUCUCUACCUUUGUCGCUCUA